AUUAUUCUCCCUCAGCCACUUCAGGACUUCCUUUGUAAGCUUACGAUGUUCCUUGAGAUCAUUCGAACAGAUGAGAAUUACGUUAUUCAUCACUUGGAAAGUUCCUGGUGCGUUGCAGAAUCCGAAGUACAUGACCGUGGCUUCAUAUAG